GUGGUGUGUGUGCGCUGCAUUAACAACGCAAAUACAAAGUGUACCUUGCUAUGUUAGCCACUAAGGAGCCCUCUAACGUCAGUUGGCAAUUAAAAGUAUAGUUUUUGAGAAAUGGAAAAUGACAUUUAGUGCAGUAAAUUAACGAAAGCAGCCUCUCUGUAUAGUCCGACACGUUGGGAUUUUGCGGUUUUAGUCCCUCUUUGAUUUAAAACAAGGUGCAGUUGAAGAGAUACCUCUUGCUUGGUGUCCAGAGCAGUUGAGGCACUCACUUCAGCAGAUCCAGAAAAUGUUAGAGAAAUGAUAGCAGGGCAGGAAUUGCACUCAGAGAUUCAAUUCCCUCAAGAGGCAGACGCUCAGUUGUCCUCAGAUACUGACCUUGAGGACCCUGAUGGCAAAAAUGCAAAGGCGGGAAAGGGCAUGGCAGGAAAGAAAGGGAGGAAGGCCCUUGGAGAGAAGGCCAAAGGUGGGGGAGCAGGGAGGGGCCUUGGUCUUGGCUGGAUGAAUGGCCAUCAUCAGGAGAACGGGAUGGAGAAUAUGACCCUAUUUGAGGUGGUUAAAACGGGGAAGAGUGCCACACAGUCUGUCGUUGAUGACUGGAUUGAGGCCUACAAACAUGACAGGGACGUUGCUCUCUUGGAUUUAAUAAACUUUUUCAUUCAGUGCUCCGGCUGUAAAGGUGCUGUGAGUGGAGAGAUGUUCAGCCACAUGCAGAACUCUGAGAUCAUUCGUAAAAUGACAGAGGAGUUUGAUGAGGACAGUGGUGACUAUCCAUUAAGUAUGUCAGGGCCACAAUGGAAGAAAUUCAAAAUAAGUUUCUGUGACUUCAUUGCGGUUCUGGUGCGUCAGUGUCAGUACAGCAUCAUCUAUGAUGAGUAUAUGAUGGACACAGUCAUCUCGCUGCUCACAGGCCUGUCUGACUCACAGGUCAGGGCGUUCAGACAUACAAGCACACUUGGAGCCAUGAAGUUGAUGACAGCUUUGGUGAACGUCGCUCUGAACCUGAGCAUCAACAUGGACAACACACAGAGACAGUACGAGGCGGAGAGGAACAAAGUUGCUGCAAAAAGGGCCAAUGAUAGGCUGGAGCUGCUGUUACAGAAGCGGAAAGAGCUACAAGAAAAUCAAGAUGAAAUUGAAAACAUGAUGAAUGCAAUUUUCAAAGGAGUGUUUGUCCACAGAUACCGUGACGCUAUUGCUGAAAUUCGAGCUAUUUGUAUUGAGGAGAUUGGAGUGUGGAUGAAGUUGUACAGUGAUGCCUUCCUCAAUGACAGUUACCUGAAGUACGUUGGCUGGACGAUGCAUGACAAGCAAGGUGAGGUGCGAUUGAAGUGCCUGACUGCCCUGCAAGGCCUCUUCUACAGCAGAGAUCUUGGUGUUCGACUGGAGCUCUUCACAAGUCGCUUCAAGGACCGCAUUGUGUCUAUGACUCUUGAUAAGGAAUAUGAUGUUGCAGUGCAAGCCAUUAAACUUCUGACACUUGUCUUACAGAGUAGUGAUGAGAUCCUGACUGCAGAGGAUUGUGAGAGUGUAUAUCACCUGGUUUACUCAGCACAUCGGCCCAUCGCUGUUUCAGCAGGAGAAUUUCUUUUUAAGAAACUCUUUAGUCAUCGAGGUCCAGAGGAGGAGGGGUUACCCAGGAGGGGCAGGCAGAGCCUCAAUGGCAGCCUUAUCAAAACUACUGUCUUCUUCUUCUUGGAGAGUGAGCUGCAUGAACAUGGCGCGUACUUGGUGGACAGUUUAUGGGAGUGUGCGUCAGAGCUGCUGAAGGAUUGGGAGACUAUGAUUAGCCUGUUGCUGGAUGAGCCCAUGCAAGGGGAAGAAGCACUGACUGAUCGGCAAGAGACGGCUCUGGUUGAAAUCAUGCUCUGUGCCAUUAGGCAGGCAUGUGAAUGCCAUCCUCCUGUGGGCAGGGCCACAGGAAAGAGGGUCCUGACUGCAAAGGAGAAGAAAACACAGCUGGAUGACCGGACACGGAUCACAGAGAUGUUUGCCGUUGCGUUGCCUCUGUUACUGGCAAAGUACUGUGUCGAUAUUGAUAAGGUGACCAAUUUGCUACAAAUACCAAAGUACUUUGAUCUUGACAUCUACACAACUGGUCGGUUAGAAAAGCAUUUGGAUGCCUUGUUGCGGCAAAUCUGGGAAGUAGUGGAUAAGCACACUGACUCUGAAGUCCUGGAGGCCUGCUCUACCACCUACCAUUAUCUCUGUAACGAGGAGUUCACCAUCUACAACCGUGUGGACAUUGCCCGCUCCCAGCUUCUCGAUGAGCUUGUAGACAAGUUCAAUAGGCUCCUGGAAGACUUCCUGCAAGAAGGUGAAGAACCAGAUGAUGAUGACGUCUACCAGGUUUUAUCUACAAUCAAGAAGAUCAGUGCUUUCCACAAUGCACAUGACCUUUCCAAGUGGGAUCUCUUCACCAGCAACUACAGACUUCUCAAUACAGGUCUGCAGAAUGGGGAUAUGCCUGAACAGAUUGUGGUUCAAGCAAUGCAGUGCACACAUUACGUCAUCCUGUGGCAUCUAGCAAAGGUUUCAGAGGGCAGUUCUUUAAAGGGAGAUACGGUGACCUUGAGGAAGCAGAUGAGAGCCUACUCAUUAAUGUGUCAGCGUUAUCUAAACAGUGUCAACACAGCAGUCAAGGAGCAGGCCUUCACCAUACUAUGUGACCUGCUACUGAUCUUCAGUCACCAAAUCAUGUCUUCAGGCCGGGAACAACUUGAGACACUGGUCUAUACACCAGACUCUUCUUUGCAGGCAGAGCUGCUCAACUUUAUCCUUGAUCAAGUGUUCAUUGAUCAGGAUGACGACAACAACAGCACAGAUGGACAUCAUGAUGAUGAAGCAAGCAAAAUCGAGGCUCUGCACAAGCGAAGGAACCUCCUAGCUGCCUAUUGCAAAUUAAUUGUUUACAAUGUUGUAGAAAUAAACACUGGAGCAGAUAUUUUCAAACAGUACAUGAGGUAUUACAACGAUUAUGGUGAUAUCAUCAAAGAAACAAUGAGCAAAACACGACAAAUUGACAAAAUCCAAUAUGCAAAAACACUCAUACUCAGCCUUCAAAAGUUAUUUAAUGAGAUGUUGUCUGAACUUGGCUUCAAUAUCGACCGCUCAUCAUCAGCCUUCUGUGGCAUUAAAGAGCUUGCCCGACGCUUCUCGUUAACUUUUGGUUUGGAUCAGAUGAAGACCAGGGAGGCUAUUGCCAUGUUACAUAAGGAUGGGAUUGAGUUUGCAUUUAAAGAACCAAGUCCCCAAGGAGAGGGGAGUCCACCACUUCAUCUAGCAUUUUUGGAUGUCUUGAGUGAAUUCUCGAGCAAACUACUUCGACAGGACAAGCGAACAGUUCACAUGUACCUGGAGCGAUUCAUGACGUUUCAGAUGUCUCUGCAAAGAGAGGAUUGCUGGUUGCCCCUCAUCUCCUACAGGAACUCCCUGCAGGCAGGUGGAGAUGAUGACACCAUGUCUGUUAUUAGUGGCAUCAGCAGUCGGGGGUCCACCAUGAGGAGUAAAAAGUCCAAGCCAGCCACAGCUAGCAAAAGGAAACCUCCUGAAGCAGAAGAGAACAGCUGCAGCAGUAGUGAUGGGAUGUGGAUGAACCGGGAGCAGAACGUGCAGACGCCAGUGAUGAUGCCUUCUCCCCACCUCACCUCGACUGUACUGAGGGAUCCAAAGAAGAUGAGGCCAGACGACAGCUACACAACUGCAUACACCAUGCCAACAGAUCAGCAUCCCCAUCAGCCUGUGCCUCCCCAGCAGCAGUCACACCAGCACCACCAGGCUGCCAUUGAUUACAACACACAGGUUACGUGGAUGUUGACACAAAGGCAACAAGCUGAGGCCCGUCAGCAGCAAGAGCGAGUUAAUAUGCAGUAUACUAAGAUGAGGAAUCACAUGCAGCAAGCAAUUCGUAGAGGCUCUGGACUCAUGGAGGAUGAUGAGGAGCCAAUAGUGGAGGAUGUGAUGAUGUCAUCCGAAGACCGCUUAGAGGACAUCAAUGAGGGCAUGGAUUUUGACACAAUGGACAUCGAUUUGCCGGCGUCAAAGAAUCGCAGAGAAAGAACGGAACUAAAGCCAGAUUACUUUGAUCCUUCUUCCAUCAUGGAUGAUUCGGUUCUCAAUGUUUCGAUGUACUGAAACAAGAUAGGAUCGAGAAAAAUAAGAGCUGAGCAGAAUGGACUAUUAUGAAUGGUUUUGUGAGACACCAAUGUUUGCCUCGAUAACAAUUUGCCAACACUUUGAGGGAGAGCUUGAAUUUUAAUUUUAUUCUGAUAUUUUCACACACCACACUUCAAUCACAGGUUUUUUUUUUCAGUUGCUCUAAAAAUAACUUGAUGUUAGCUUUAACUAAGGUGAGGCUGUUUGUGCCAGUACAGACACUAUGUCGCAGGUGACUGAAAAUCAGAUUAACAAUUUGUACCUUAAAUAUUUUUAUUCAGCUGACAAAAAAUGUGUGAUGUACAUACAUACUGGCCAAUAUAUAGGUGAGGUGAACACAGUUUUAUGACCACCAAUAGAUGGAAAUCAAAUAUCCCUGCAAAAAUAAUACUACCUUUAUGAAGCUUUUAGCAUUCACUAAAAACAUUGCACUUUGUCAGAUGGUUGGUAAUUCAUCUCUGGUAAUUCAACAGCCAUAUUUAAAGAAAAAAAUCGUCUUCGACUCAAAUCAAUGCCUCUGUUACACAGUCUAAACAGAAAUCUUUGUAAGACAACAGUGUAAGCUUCAGAAAUCAGCAUCAAUUGCAGGGCUUUUAAAUUUGACUGCAUUACAUUGUAAAGCUGUUAAUGAAAUAGUGUUCACUUGAUGUAUUUUUAAACUAUAGAUUUCCGCAUGGCAUGUAGCCAUAUAUUGAAACAUGUACACAGUAAAGUAUAAUGUGAACUGAUGUCUCAUACUGUUCAAAGGCCUUGCCACAAAUGAUAUAUGGCAUUUUCAGAUUUCUUUGUGAUGGUAUUUUUUAGAAAUGUAUGUGCUCUGCUUUUAUACCUUGUAGAUGACUUUGAUUUAUAGAUAUUUUGUAAUGACAAUCAAAUGUAAAUGAAUGGUUUCUAAUCAUGUUAUUUCACACAGAUGCUGAAAUAAUGGUUUUAAAUGAAAAUUAUUGUGUUUUAAAUAUGGCCAUCUGUUUGUAUUUUCUUUUCAUCUCUAAUGGAUGGAUGAAAAAGUAAUUGCUUACUGCAAUUGCUCAAAUGUAGUAAUUUGACAAAUUGAUAAUUGCAUGUAAAGUUAUUUUUUAAUAAUAGACAUUCACAAUGUCGUACAUGAAAUUUGAUCUCAUCUUCAAACAUGUAAUCUCCUAUAUCUUGAAUAUUUUUCUUCACUGUAUAUUAUCAAAUAUCCACUAACACAGAUAUUCCAUAAUUGCAGUCUUUUAAAGAAAGGGUUUGAAAAUAGAUGAGGUUGUGAAGUGUUCCAUUUAAGUUUUCCCCCCUUGUUUUCUAGUGUGUAGAAAAGAUUAUGUCAAAAAACCAAUUAAUUGGUGUACCACUGUGUGUGUGUGUGUGUGUGUUUAAGAGUUAAAGGAUUAUUAUAAAUUAAGACGUAAUAGAGUUAUUCAGUAAAAUAGAAUUGCAUAUGAUACAGAUACAAAUGUGUAAUAUAUUGUGAAUCGGUGCUCAUUUUAUAUUUGCAGUUUGUGAUUGAUUGAAAUUCUAGGAAAAGUUUAAGAAAUGUAACUUUUCAGAGUUCUUCUACCAAUUGCAAGUAUGGAUACAGUCAGUUUUUUGUUUGUUUGUUUGUUUGUUUUGUGCAGAUUGUUGCGAUAUUUCUUUACCUGUGCGUUGGCCUGGUUGGCAGAUUGGGAUUUUAUGAAAAAGAUUGUAUCCAUGUUGCAGUUUGUAAUCCCUACACAAUCUCACAAUCACCUUGAUAAAGUGGUUACAUGGUCGUAAACAUUAUCACAUACAUACUUACCAUGUGAGGCAGGUGAAAAGAAACAUGUCUUAAAAUUUGACCUGUGAUCAUUUGAUUAUAAAUCGUUUCUGGGUUUUUUUUGCAUUGAACUGCUGAAAAUGUGCAUAUGUCUGUAUGUUAACACAUAUUUAAAUAUAUGUCUAUAUUAAAUUUGUGUUUGUGUUCUAUUUACAAAGUGCCCUUUGCAUCCUUCUAAGAUAUGUGUUUGUCUGGAGGUGUAUCAUGAAAGAAUAAACCAUCUGUCACCAAAUGA